ACCUUUUCAUCUCAUUGGUUCCUUUUCUUUUUACUAUAAUAAUAGAAGACACAAUUGUCAUCAGUGGAGCAACUUCAUAGAGAAGUAGAAGAAAGAGAAUAGCUCAUCCAAAGAGAAAACAGGCGAAUUAUAAUAACAAUGAGCGAGAAAAUAUUUGAACAGUACGUGAUGUUGUAGAUCAACAGAAGCUCGUUGCUGAUAGUUACAGCUUCAGACUGUGACCACAGCAGUAACAGGGAUCAAACUAAAACUAGACUCCAUCCUGUUGGAAUCAAUCUAUAUUUCUUGUUCAGGAUUAGACUCAAUAAUUUCACCCAAAUUUUUGGUUCAAGUGCAUCAAGUGUUCCAAUGGCUGGUUUAUCAAGUAAUCCAGCUUUUACUAGUAGCUCAACUCCUGCCAUCUCUCAGUCUACUUCUGCAUCUAUUUUCGGUGCCUCAAGUUCUCCAGCAUUUGGUGCAUCAACUUCUUCAAUAUUUGGUUCAUCAAGUAAUCCAGCACUCACUAGUAGCUCAACUCCUGCUAUCUCUCAGUCUACUUCUGCAUCUAUUUUCGGUGCCUCAAGUUCUCCAGCAUUUGGUGCAUCAAGUUCUUCAAUAUUUGGUUCAUCAAGUGCUUCCAUGUUUACUUUUAGCUCAACUCCUGCACUCUCUCAUUCUACUUCUGAAUCUGCUUUCGGGGCCUCAAGUUCUCCAGCAUUUGGUACAUCAAGUGCUCCCACAUUUACCUUUAGCUCAACUCCUGCUCUGUCUCAGUCUACUUCGGCAUCUGCUUUUGGGGUCUCAAGUUCUUCAGCAUUUGGUGGACCAAGUACUUCACGGUUUGGCGCAUCAAGUGCUCCAAUGUUUGGUUCAGCAAGCACUCCUGUAUACGCUUUAAGCUCAAAUACCGCUCUCUGUCAGUCUACCGUUGAAGCCUCAACUUUUCCAGGAUCUGGUGGAUCACGUGCUUCAGGGUUUGGUGCAUCAAGUGCUCCAUCGAUUGCUUCAUCGAGUAUUCCCGCAUUUACUUUAAGCACAACUGUUGCCCUCUGUCAGUCUACUUUUGGAGCCUCAAGUACUCCAGGAUUUGGUGGAUCAAGCACCCCAGCAUUUGCUACCUCAAGCACUCCAGCACUUGCUACCUCAAGCACUCCAGCACUCACUUUUGGCUCAAUUCCUGCCUUCAGUCAUUCUGCUUCUGCAUCUGCUUUUGGUGCCUCAAGUGCUCCAGGGUUUAACACAUCAAAUGUUCCUGUUUUUGUUUCAUCAAGUACUCCAGCAUUUAAUUUUAGCUCAACUUCUGGCCUAUGUCAAACUACUUCUACGUCUACUUUUGGAGCAUCAAGCGCCCCAACAUUUGCUGCCUCAACCACUCCAGUGUUUACUUGUAGCCCGAUUCCUGCCCCCUCUCUGGCUACUUCAGUAUCAGCUUUUGGGGCUCCAGCAUUUGGUUGUCCAAGUGCUACAGGUUUCAGUGCAUCAAGUGCUGCAGCAUUUGGCGGCUUCAAUGCCAUUGCAUCUGGAUCUACUAAUUCAAAUACCUUUCCUUUUGGCUCUUCAUUUGCCACUCCAAUUGCCACUUCAACAAGUUUUGGGGGUUCUAGUCUAUCUGCUUCUACACUGGGUAGCUCCAACAUAUUUGGACCUGCUCCAGAUGGUUCUGACAAGCAAAGGUUCCCGUUUGGGACCCAGACAAUGACAGGAGUAUUUGGACAGAAUGGUUUUGGACCUUCAAUUUUUGCUGGAAAACAUAGAGGAACUAGAAUAGCAGCUUACACUGAAACAGAAGAAGAGUUUACCGACAAUCCUGUUGGUGAGAAGCUUAUGUCUAUAACAGCCAUGCCUGUCUACAAAGACAAAAGUUUAGAAGAAUUAAGAUGGGAGGACUACCAAUUGGUGCAUAAAGACCGCUAUGGAAAUGAUCAAUCUGCCAGUGGGUUUACAUUUGGUGUUUCUACCUGCAACCCUACAAGCUUUGGAGCAACAUCUACAUUUCACUCUCGUCCAUUACCAGCAUCUUCUUCUUUGCUCUGCUCAUUACCGUCUGGCUCAUUAUCGUCCCAGAAUCACACCACGCGAUUUGUACACACAACAUCAUGUCCUACCAGCACAUUAUCUUCCCUGAAUGUACCAAAUAUCCAAUUACUCCUACAACCUCAAUUCGUAGCACCCUCUUUCCAGCUGACAAAUGCAGUGGCUGGACUGAGUAUUUCAUCUGUGCAUGUUAUUACCCCUCAGUCACACACAUUGUGUAUACCUUUUGCACCUGCAUUUGGGCAACUGGUGUUUACAAGCCUGCCAACGCAGUGUCCAAGCAACGUAAUUUGUUAUGGGCACAGCAUCCCUUGUCUCCUGGCUUUUCCUCAGCCUAUAUGUGCGUUCUCUGUUGGCAACUUUGCUCAGUCACCACCAUCAGGGACAGAAGGGAGCAGUUGAAGCUUUUUCUGCGCGGUAUUUGUGGUCAAAUUUGUCAGCUGUUGCAAAGUAACCCAUUUGACUAGGCACUCAUCUGCUAUGCUUUUUGACGAAUUUCAAGGAUUAUCGAAAAUUUAUCAUCGUAGAAGAGUUCCUGUCAUAAUCUAAGAACCCCUUUGUUAUUGUUUCAAACUUCUAUAGUACUUACAGUUUCUGCAAAUGGAAAUCACAAACUGAAGAAAUAUGGACAGACUUGCAGACUCCCACCAUACAAUUUCUAACUGCAAAUCAAACCAGCCUAAUAGUUUGUCGCUGAAAGUUAUACCCUGUUUGGAUCAAGGAUUCCAUGGUUUCAUAAGACAUGAUGUGGUUUCUUUAUUUGGGCAGAAUGUUCUUGAAAAAUUGUGGUUUUAAGUUGUAAAAUGAUGAUUUCUUAACCAUUCAAACUGCUAAUUUGAUGAGUUGGGAUGAUUUGAAGA